AUGAGCACAACAUGGUUAAAAAGGCUACAAAGCUCUAAAGUUUCUGAAAGCUUCAAUGAGUACACACAAGCAAUCAACAAGCUUACAAAAGAAAAUGCCAAAGACAUCAUUCUUCUUCUGUCUGACAACAAUAACAACGAAGAGCUUUUCAAACUUCUUCUUUCAUCUGCAAUAAACAAAAUUACCAGUCUUUCAAAUGACAGUUCUGCAGAGCUGUCUGAAUUCCUUCCGUACAUUCUGAGCUCCAUAAAACUCUUGCAAAAUCCCAUUUCAAUACUCUUCCAGCUGCUUGAAAAUCUGCCGCAGAAACGGGACGAGAUUGCCAGACUCAAAAUCCUGGAGGUGUUGUCAAAAUUUGAAUUUAAUGUAGCGAACAUCAUCAAUUUACUCUAUAAGAGUGAUACUGACACUGUUAUUUCUGAUAUUCUUAAAAUUAAGGAGAACAUGAUUGAUGAGUUUAUCAGAAACUCCAUCAAAAUUGACAACCCAACCGUUGCCAAGAACCUCAGCUCACUUCUUCCUAGCCUCGACUCAAAGUUCUUUGUAAACUACAACUCGUUCCUCUUUCUUUUUGAAUCUGAGAGCCAUUAUUUGAGAAACUGUCUCUUGGACAUCUUUCAAAUACUCGUUCAAAAGUUCAAGGAACACGAAAAUAUUGAAGCCAUCAGGGAACUCACACAUCACAUUAGCGAAAGGCUUUGCGAUGUAAACUUUUAUGUUAGAAGCAAGGCUUUGGGUGUUAUUGGAGAACUGUUCAAAACAGAAUGUAUACUUAAAGACCAAAGAAAUACUCUGAUCAAGGACAUUAUAGAUCGUGCGAAGGACAAGACUGUUAUUGUUAGGAAAAGAAGCAUAAGCUUACUCUCUCAGAUAUUAAUCAAUCAUCCAUUUCGAGAUAGAGAGCAUCUUGAUAGAACAGAAAGCAUGUCAAAGAAUAUGACAGAAGUUCAGAAAAGAAUAGCAGAAGACUUUGACGAGUUUGUUGGCAUUAUGGAGUCGGGUCUGUCUCUCAUUGUGUCUCUUUUGGAUUACAAUCUUAAAACGGACUUGGUUGAGAUUUCUGGAUUCAUAAAGGUUUCGUAUUUAUUAAAACUGAAGGGUGCAAAAGAAGCUAUUCAGAAAAUCCUUGGAGUAGUAUUUACAAAGGACAGGCAAGUGGUGGUAGAUGUUUUUAAGGAUAUUCUGUCCCAUAGAGGUGAGAUCCUCUUUGAAUUUAUUAAUGAUAAGGCCUUUGAGGUUAUACUGAGCUGCCUUGAAAUUGACGAAAAGAUUCUUUACAAGAACGUAAUCAAUGGACAUAGAAUUUUCGAAGGUGUAUAUAUUUUAAGACACACCCAAAAGAGUGUCUCUGAAUCUACUGCUUUGAAUUUAUUCCAAUACAUAACUGAGAUACUGUUUAAGUCAAAGGAUGAAGAAGCACUCAAGAUGAAUAUUGAAACAUAUAUCAACACGCUGUGUAUUUUGAAGAAUUUAAAGCACAGAAUCGAUUGCAGUAGUGAUGUUUUUACUCUUUGCAUUAAGAAUGUCAUUAAAAUGGUCUUUUUUGAAAGAUCCAUCAUCAAACAUACCGUUGAGCUGAUAUACUGCAUAAGUAGCAAUCCUGAAAUUACAAUUGGAAAGUUACUGAAGAACCUCUGCUUGACAAAAAGCACUUUGAAAAUAUUGAUGCAGUAG